ACAGAACAUAAAAGGGAAAUCAAAUUCCAACUCGGCGUUGGGCAGCUCUCCGCAGUCAAAAUCUGCGAUGGAGUCGAGCAUAUUAGAAUCAAUCGGCCAAGAAAUCAUCGGCGUGAUGUCCCCGGUCUCCCUAUGCAUGCUCUUAGUCGUCCUCCUCGUUUACUCACUCUCCGAUUCCAACCCUUUCUCUUCUUCCUCUUCCGCUCCCAUCCGUACAGCCGCGAAUCUCGUUUACCUCGAAAACCCCUCUGAUUCUGCUGCUCAGAAGCUGGAGGGAGCCUUGCUCAAUGCCUUGGUAUUCGUCAUCCUCAUUGCCGUUGUUACCUUUGUUCUCGUCCUCCUUUAUUACUAUAACUUCACUAAUUUCUUGAAGAACUAUAUGCGAUUCUCCGCCUUUUUUGUACUCGGUACGAUGGGCGGUUCAAUCUUUUUGUCGUUUAUUCAGCAUUUUUCAAUACCAAUUGAUUCCAUUACGUGCUUUCUGCUGCUUUUCAAUUAUACCAUUGUUGGGGUGUUAUCCAUGUUUUCUGGUGGGGUGCCAAUUAUUUUAAGACAGGGAUAUAUGGUAUCACUGGGGAUAAUUGUGGCAACAUGGUUUACCAAAUUGCCGGAGUGGACUACAUGGGUUUUGCUGGUUGCAUUGGCUUUGUAUGAUUUGGUGGCAGUUUUGGCUCCUGGUGGUCCCCUUAAGUUGUUGGUGGAGUUGGCCUCAACCCGAGAUGAGGAAUUGCCAGCUUUGGUAUAUGAAGCUCGGCCAACUGUUUCUCGCAAUGAGGGAAACCCUCGGUCAACUUUGGGGUUUCUUGUUGCUGGAGUUUCAGAUUCUGGGUCGGUUGAAUUGCAAGCAGUAUCAAAUAAUAAUAUGUACAGAGAUGUGAGUGAAAACCAUACGAGUCCUGAGUAUGCUGCUAUCCCGGUUAGCAACUUGGAGAAUGUGGUCAGAGAAAGAAAUAGAGAUGAAGGUGAGAGGUCACCUUUGGUUGGUCAUUCAAGAGAAAGGUAUUCGUCAGAGAGUAACUCAUCAGAAUAUUCUACUAUUGUUCGCAAUAGAGAAUCUGAGAUUGUUGUGGAUGAGGAAAGGUCUCCUCUUGUUGACAUGUUGGGGAUGGACAACGAGAGAGAUCAUCAAUGGAGGGAUUCAGUAGUAGCAAAUAGAGGCAUCAAGCUUGGUCUUGGAGACUUUGUGUUUUAUAGUGUUCUGGUAGGCAGGGCAGCCAUGUAUGAUCUAAUGACUGUAUAUGCAUGUUACCUGGCCAUUAUCUCUGGACUUGGGUGCACUCUUAUAUUGUUAUCCGUGUGCCACCGAGCAUUGCCUGCCCUCCCAAUAUCCGUUACAUUGGGUGUCAUUUUUUACUUCUUGACUCGACUGUUAAUGGAACCAUUUGUUGUUGGAAUGACAACAAACUUAAUGAUGUUUUAGUGA